AUAACCAUGACACCAGAAUGUAAAAACGGUACAAACUUGCCAUCGAGAACCAUCCUUCACAUCGCCCCAUCCCAGACCACAAAGACACACCCGGUCUAUUAAACCAGCCGGCAACAGCAAAUCAAAGAAAAAGACAAGAAAAUGGCCAACGCCCCAAACUACGAAAAAGAAGUCCGAAUCGCCUCCCUAGCAGUUCAACGCGCCAGCAUUCUCACCAAAACCAUUCAAAACGAGAUUCACAGAGCCAACGCCCAACUGCCUGAUGGUUCGCCCGUGGCAAUCGUCCAAUUCGCCUCCCAGGUGAUCCUCAUGAACGCUAUCUUGCACCAUUUCCCCAGCGACAGGUUCGCGGGCGAGAAGUCUGCGUCCGCGCUCCGUGAUGAUCCCGUGCUUGCACGGCGGGUGUGGGAACUCGUGUCUAUGGCCAAACUGGGGCACAUUGAGGGCGAGGAUUUGGUUGUGGUGCCGGGGACUUUGGAGGAGAUGCUAGGUUCGAUUGAUGCUGAGGGCGAUAGGGAGAGGCCUGGGGCGCAGCGGACCUGGUUCCUGGGUCCGAUUGAUGGGACGAAGACGUUUAUGCGGGGUCAGCAAUAUGCGGUCUCUCUGACGCUAGUGGAAAGUGGAGAGCAGAAAGUGGGUGUGGUCGGGUAUCCGAAUUUGGCGUUUGAGAACAGGUGUGAUCGGGAGGAUGUCGUAGUUCGUGAUGGGUAUGGGAUUAUGUUAUCGGCCGUCAAGGGUCAGGGUGCGUACAAGCGAUGGAUGGCCCAGUCGAGCUUGCAGCCUCCGCAGAGAAAUUCUCUCGGUCCCUGGCGGAGGAUGGGGGAGACAAUCACAUUUGCUGAGAGUUCGAUCAGCCAUGUCGUCAAUAAGGAGAAGCACAGGUUUAUUAGAAGCAUGUUGUUAGCGAAUCCGGUGGUAGAUCUUCAUUCUAUGCAGGUCAGAUAUGCGGCCCUCGCAACCGGUGCAUGCAACGCGAUGAUCUGCCUCCCAAAGGACAAGAACACCCGGUUCCCUGCAUGGGAGCAUGCUGGUGGAAUGCUUAUCUUUGAGGAGUCAGGCGGCAUAGUGACCGACCUAUAUGGCCGGCCGUUCAACUACGCUCGUGGGACAAGGUUAACGGACAAUGAGGGCUUGGUAGCAGCGAAACCGGGGCUUCAUGUCGAUCUUCUGCGCUACUCGCGUCACAUAUAUGAGAAGGACUUAAGUAGCAUGACAUAGCAGUAGUGUAGGCAUAAUAAUGCACUAGAAAGACUGGAAUUUU